UUAUGCUAAACAUUAUUUUGAGUAGAUCAAUAGUGUCCACUGCCUUUUUUCUCCCUACUAAUUUCAGAACAACAAGUCAAUCAGGGGAGAGAAGGGGGGCGGGGGGUCAAAGUGUCCAGGGACAGAAUUUCUUCUCAGUGGUUGAGCUUUCUGAAAAGCGCAUGAUGUCUUCAUAAUGGUGCGCCCUCUUAUGCGUUUAAAGUAUUCAACCAGUAGUGAAAGGCACAAAAACAAACAACGGACUGAUGGCGAGUUUAAAUAAAAACAAAUAAAAUAAUUAUUAUUCAUUUUGAGGGCGCACUAAAACAAAUUGACAGAGGGCGCACUUGGUUGGCUGUUGAAACGAAAGAGAAAUGAGGAAGAAACAACACAAUUUUACGAACAAGAUACGGUGAUAAAAUUGAAUGUUUUGACUCUUUCUUGAAGUUAAAGUUGAAGAACUGUCAGUUUUUACGAAGACAAAAUGGAGCUCCAUUCAUUGUUGUGUGUUUUUCUCAUCCUUCAAGUAACUGCGGUGCUUGCUGUUCGAGAUAAUGCUGUGUGCCAACUCACCAAAGAGGGCGUCCUCCAUCUCAAUUUAUCAACGCCGACCCUAUGUGACCUCCCUCCGCAAACCAACAUCCGCGUCCGCUCAGAUUCCAUCAGUCCCAGCACGACAUACAUCUUGUUCACCGUCCAAAUCCCAAACAUACCCCUCCUGGUCUCUCUCGAACCCGAACCGACCCUUGAUCAAUCAAUCAACACCACCAGUUCGAGCGUAGGGUUAGUAACGAUCUUCGGCCAGCAUGGCGUCGUUGGUUCAUGGGUCGAGUGGUAUUUACUGUUGAUGUUCAACGAUACGGCGCAGAUUCAACUGUUUGCCCAGCCGUACCUACUCCAGGACAAGACCAAUAGGAGCUUCUCGGCCCCAAUCCCCGGAGCGUGCAACCAAGAGUUUGACCUUGAGAAUGACCCCAACCUCCACCUCAGCAACACGUCUGCGAUGAACAUCACUUUCUUGGAGUUUGCCCCUGCUAACGUCGGUACCACCCGGGGUGAAGACCCACCAUCAUGUGACUCUGGCGAGGACUCUGCGAGGUUUCGACUGAAGUACGAUCUGUACAUUUUAAACUUUGGCUCGCUACAGCUGGAUGAAGACAAUCUGUUUACGGAAAUGUACAAGAUGUCCACAGUGCAGAAUGUCUUGAAGAAUGGCAAGAAGAUCAAGACAUACACCGGGAAGGAUAUGACAGAGUUCUACCAGGUGAAUUAUCGAACCCGAGGUGCUAUCUAUAACCUCGUCGUAACCGAUCCAAAUUAUGAAGUUCAGGGAGUGUACGUCCCAUCGAUCAUCUACUCCUGUGACCUUCAGGAGGAUAGUAUUGACUGCGCUGAUGAUGUUGACUUUGGGGUCAUAUUGAUCGCAACAUUUACUGGACUGGCCGGGCUGGUGAUCUGCAUGUGUGGCCAUCGGAUUUUCAAUUACGAGAUCUUCUUCUUUGGGUUUGUUCCAUUUUUCAUCGGAUCCUUCAUGAUAUUCGGUGCACUGGCUCCCAUGACGCCAUUUGCCCUGAGUAUUGUAGCCCUGUGUUUCGGCCUCGUCGGUGGAACGAUUCAUUUCGCCCUGUGGUGGCGCUUUGGGAAGUAUCUAUGGUCGAUGCUUCUAGCUGGAUUCAAUCUUGGAUUCCUGUUCUCCGCUCUCGUGUUUUUCAUAACCCCACUUGAAAAUUUGACGACAUUUCACAGUAAUGCAGUCUUUGGUCUGUCCUUCGUCUGUGGAGUCCUCAUCGUUCCAGUCGGCUUUCUCUUCUUCCCUAAAAUGCUUAGCAUGGUCUCCACUGCCGUCUGGGGAUCCUAUCUGGUCUGUACGUCCAUCAGUUAUUUCACCACAGGCAUUCUGCACUACCUGAUUUACAAUGUGCUGCGACGAGCAAUGAUGGAGAAGUACGCCCUCGCCUACCACGCGGCCGAGUUUGAGAUCAUCGACUAUGUCCUAUUCACGUCGUGGUUCGUCUCAUCUGUCUUCGGCGUUGUCCUCCAACAUCGUCUGACAAAGGACAGUGCUACGACCUUCCCGCCGUGCCCGUACGACGAAUGGAAAGGACGUCAGAAGAUUUGUCUCCUGGAGCCGGAUGAGAGACAGAUUCAACAAGUUGCUAGCGGCUACCAACCAUCAGAGAACUCGCCCCUUCUUGGAGACCAAGUAUCUUGAAUUUGGUGUCUCAAAACUCGGGCGGUGUUCUUGGAUUGAUGGGGGGGGGGGGGAGGCAAAGAUGGAAGACUUGUAGAACACUCUCGGCUUCCAAAACUUGGAGCACUCAUGUUUUUUUGAGGACCAAUUAUCUUGAAGUCGGGGUGUUCUUGAAAUGGGGGGGGGGGUGGUAGAAGAGUGAAGACAUGUGGGAACAAUCUUGGGUACCAACCAUCACAAAACACAUCCAUUCUUGGGGACCAAGUAUCUUGAAGUUGGUGUCUUAAAACUCUGGGUGUUCUUGUAUUUGGGGGGGGGGGAGAGGAAACAAUCUCGGCUUCAGACCUGUGGAGAAUGAUUACCCCUUUUCAAGGACCAAGUAUCUUAAAGUUGGUGUCUCAAAUUUCUGGGGGUGUUCUUGGAAAGGGGGGCGGGGGCAAAAAGGGAAGACGAUAACUUGUUUCUGCUAAGCAGAUUUCGUGCUCACAAGCUUUAGAAAAUUGGGCCCAGAUGGGAAGGUAAACUCCAGUGUCUGUUGCCAUUUUUGGAAUGGCACGAAAAAGUCUUGUUUUCUGAGCAGAAACAUUUUCCACUGUUCCAGAGCUUUUUUUAAAUGCGUACAUGACACAGUUACCCUAUGGCUCAAUUGUAUAAAGCUGUUAAGCAGAAGAUACUGCUUGACAAAUGUUGUUUGUUUAGCAAAAACUGAGUGAAGCACCAGCCAAAACAAUGCAAAGUUAAUGCAAUGUUGGCUGGUAACCUGUUCCUGCUAAGCAAUACUUUUUUUGUGCUUAGCAAGUUUUUGUGCUUACAGGCUCAGUUUGCUUAACAAAAACAAUAUGUAACUUUUGCUUACUUCAUACAGGUUACCAGUGUCAUUUAUUUUGACUGGUACCCGCAUAUCAAAAUCAAGUUGCUUCGUGUGACAAAGCCUUAUAAUACUUACCUUGUGUUUUUAUUUGUGGGAAAGUUCCCCAUAAACUACGCUUUAAAAAUGUGCCUUAUAAUGAAAACUAUUACAUACUAUUUUUUUUUUUAUUUUAUAUUUUAUACUUUAAAGAAAUAAAGGAAGCAAAGGCAUUCCUUUGUAUAAUGUAGCUACUUGUAGAUGCUUUUUUUUUUUUUUUUUUAAAUCUGGAUGUGAGUGAACCAGAAGUAUUUACACAACAUUUCAUUUUAAUGGCCUUGCAGAGGGAAAGGCACAGGGGGUGAGCCUUGCAUUUUUGCGAAAAAUUGGCACAAAUUUGAUAAUUCCACAAGGGGGUUAGUCUUGCAAUUGUUCAUUGUAAUGUGUCAAAAUUUGGUAAGUACACAAGGGGUGAGCUUUGCAGUUUUGCUGACAAUUGGCAAAAAAAAUAAUAUAUAAAAUCACAAAGGGUUUUCCUUGCAUUGUUCUGGGAAAUAAGCCAAAUUGGAUAAAUUCACAAAGGGUAAGCCCUUCAUUUUUUUUUUUAAAUAUAAUUUCCGGCCCUUUUUCAAAAUAUGCAAAGCUUGCUUUUUCUGAUUACAGAAAGAUGUAUUAUUAUUCAUUUUAAAAAGAGGUAAUUUUUCAUUUUAGUUUGUAUUAUUUUGUUUUCUUGUUUCACUGACUUGAACAUAAUCUAUGUAUAUGUAAAAAGUUGUCUUUUAUUGUGUCUGAAAUAAUUAAAUGAUGUAAAAAAAUAUAAAAUCAAUCAAGUUGUUACACAGUCCAAAGAUUUAAGAAAUUAUUAAUUUAGUUUAAUAAUAGAAAAUCAGUUUGUAUUCUUCAGUUCUUAAUCUGUUUUUCUUUUUUAUGCACCAAUAAUUGUCAACUGAAAUUUGUAAUUCUAAUAAUCAAGUUCAUGAUCAAACUAUAUAGUGCAAAUUAAUUAUUAAAGAAAUUUCAUUUGUAGUAAAAAAUAGUAUCUACGCCAGAAAUGGUUGAUCUAUAAACUCUGCUGUGUAAUUAAUGUUCUUGUAUAAACCGUAAUAUGUUUUUAUAUUAUGUUUUUCCUCUUAAACAAAUGUACUUUGAGGCAAAUUACAACUUUGGAUUUUAGAACUGCUUGAUUGUUUUAAUCCCACAUAAAUGUAGAUACAUGUAAAUACUUUACAGCUAAUCUGUUUUGCAUAUUUCCAAAGGGAAAUAAAUCCAUACAAAAAUAACGAACCUGUGAAAAGUUUGGCUCAAUUGGUCAUCGAAGUUGCAAGAGAAUAAGGAACGAAAUUUGUGGGUAUUCAGAUGCAUAUCAAUAAAGUCUCUUUGUAUUUUGAGUGAGAAAUAACCUCUUUCUCAAAAACUUAGUUGCUUCAGAGGGAGCUGUUUCACAAUUAUUUAUACU